AUGAUUAAUACAUCUUAUUUAACGCGAUUACAAUUAUGAUGAUCAAUAGAUUUUUUAAAAAGUCUAUUUCUAUUUUCUUGUCAUCUUUAAUCAGAAAAGCUUAUGUCAAGUGUCAAGACAGGUCUUAAAUGUACACAUAACCCAAACGUAACGAAAUUAGGUUUUGGUGUUACUGUUUAUUUUAGUGUAGAACACAUUAACAAUAAUUGUGUAUCAUUUUGACAAUCAAGAAUUAAAUAAUUUACGAAAAUGGCAAUUUGCUCAGUAUAAUGCUAAAUUUACCCUGUAACUUCUCUUCCAUUUCAAAUUUAAGUUUCAACUGAAGUUAAAUCGAGGGCAAAAUGGAAAAUAACAAAAAGGCUGAUGAUGUGGAUAUCCCGACAGCCGAUGGAAAUCUAUUAGAACAACCAAGACUUAAGACUACUCCAACACGAAACCCUCUGAUGAAAGUUCGUACUUAUGUGUUGGCACUUCGACCGUGGUCACUCAGUGGAAGCUUACUGCCGACUCUAUUAGGAGCUGCGCUAGCAUAUCGGCUUCCCGGAGACAGUGGAUUCAGUUGGGUUACGUUACUCCUCACUCUAUGUACUAUCAUUCCAGUACAUGGGGCUGGGAAUGUUGUUAAUACUUAUUUCGAUUUUGUCAAAGGAAUAGAUAAUCGUAAAUCAGAUGAUAGAACUUUAGUUGAUCAUAUUUUAAGUAUAGAUGAAGUUGUAUCUCUAGGAGCUAUACUAUACAUGGCUGGAUGUGCAUUUUUUGUGUUGUUGGUUAUAAUGUCACCUGCAAGGAUGGAGCAUUUAGCCUUGGUAUACUUUGGAGGCUUAUCAUCAUCUUUUUUGUAUACUGGAGGAAUUGGAUUAAAAUAUAUUGCUCUCGGUGAUAUAAUAGUUCUAGUCAUAUUUGGACCUGUGUCUGUUGUGUUUGCUUUUCUUGCUCAAACGGGAAGAGUUGAUUGGCCCAUUUUCUACUAUGCAAUACCAUUGGCAUUAAACACAGAAGCUAUCUUACAUAGUAAUAAUACAAGAGAUCUUGAAGCUGAUAGUAAAGCUGAAAUUGUAACUCUAGCUAUUCUUAUUGGAAGAACUGCAUCUCAUUUGCUAUAUGCAUUUUUACUUUUUACUCCAUAUAUCAUGUUUGUAGUGGCCUCAGUUCGCUGCUCUCUGUGGUUUUUAUUACCAAUGCUCACUUUACCUCGAGCUUUUGAAAUUGAAAGAAGAUUUAGAUGUCCUGAAACUAUGCAGUAUGUUCCCAGACAAACUGCCAGGUUGAAUUUCUAUUUUGGAAUGUUAUACAUGAUAUCUUGUUUAUUUGCUAAUAAACUACCAUUCCUUUUGAGAUAAUAUACAUAUAAAAAAAAGUAGUGGUAGUAAUAUUUUAAUGGAAUGUACUUACUGAUAUUUGUAUAGCAUCAUUAAAUUGCAGUUUAAAUUUAUAUGAAGUUUUUUCAAGAUUUCAUUUAAAUAAUAUUACUUAUUAAGUUAUUAAAUUAAUUGUAUUCUUUAUAAAUGCAUGACAGAAUUACAUAUUUUUUGUUUUGGUUAAUUAGGAAUUUUAUGCAAAAAUUUGUUUUGUAACAACCUAUAGGUUGUUAAAGAUUGUUUCCGACUGAUUCAACAAUGGCAGUUAUUUUAUUUUUAAUUUACACUUUUCAUACCUGGUUGAAAUUGUUUUUUUUUUUUUUUGCUUUAGCUACAUAUGAUAUAAAUGUCUUCAAUAGGCUAAUAAUAAAAAAAAUAUGGACAUAUCACAAUGUAAAUGUUUUUUUAGAACAAGAACCAGAGCAGAGCAGGAUGUUGUAUUUAAAAAUAAACAGUGAAACCAGAUAAAGGUUAUUGAUAACUUAUCUUAGAUUUACUCAUAUACAUAUGUAAAUCAGACUGUCUGCCUAUGAAUGUGUAUUACCUUUUAGUAUGUUUGAACAUCUAUUAGUAAAUUAUUAUGAAAUCUCAUUAUGCUAGCUACCUCAUUAAUUGGCAAUUUAAUGGUUUUUUGUUAAUGUUUUUUUGUUUCAUAUUUAUGAUUUUCAUAGUAUUUUAUGUAAUCACCUUAUCUAAGCAUCAUACACACAAGUGGCUUUCACAUAUUAUAGCAUGUGCUAAUUAAUUGAAACUUGUUACUAUCUGUAUCGACAAUAAAUAAAUUAUUAACAUGAAAUUUAAAUAUUGUAAAUUAAAUAAAAAAAUAAUUGAG